AUGAACAAUACAACAAUUACACCCGCAUGGGUACUAUACCCCCAGUGGUUAGUUCUGUGGUGCGUUCUGACCUUUCUACUUUGUGCCAUCGGAUUAAUUCUCAACAUUCUGCUCGUUUCGGCCAUAAUCGUUUCACCCGCCCUCCGCCACGGAUCGGGCGUGCUGAUCGCCCAUUCUAUCCUGCUGGAAGUGUUUUUAUGUGCGAUAGCGUUUCCUCUGGUCACUGCUUCGACGUACACACCCCAGUUUUACGUGUGGUCUAAACCCUUCUGUCAAUACACGAUGCUGCUAUUUUACGGCGUCUUGUGGGCCGAGAACUGGGCCGAUGCUACGAUCGCCAUUAAUCGCUUCAUCGCCAUCUUUUUUCCGCAUGGUUAUAAGAAAACACGAACACCAACGGCUCUUGCUAUAACCAUACUGAUCGGCUGGAUCGUUCCGCUGUGCACGGUGCUGGUGUUGUUCUUCGAAAUCGGAGCCGUUUUCCAGGCAUGUAUAAAAAGUGUGACUUUCUUCCCGGCAAAUUGUGAUCGAGCGACGUUUCUCAAUUGUCCAAUAGCUUAUGGGCCGUGGCAGGCAUGCGGCGCACGCCCCACCAGUUCCACUUACGCUGUAAUUACCAUAAUCAACACAUCAGUCCCCAUUGCCAUCAUCGGGGUAAUCUACAUCACCAUUUUCAGUACGAUGUUUUUACGCAGUUUGUGUAGCGGACGGAAAACGGCGCCGCAAAUUACCGUUAACCGCAGUCAGGGCACGGCUGGAGCACUGCGCAAGCGUUUAAAAAGCGCGCGUAUGCUUUCUAUCUCCUACAUCUGGUAUUCCAUCUGUUACUUGCCGGCACCGAUCGUCGCCAGUGCCGCACCCGUAGCGUACGGUUCACAACCGCUGAUUUCUUUGUUCUUGAGAUUACUGCUUGUGUGCUCGGGGACAACCAGUCCGAUGAUAUACCUGGCCAUGAAUGAUGGGUAUCGGCGUUCGACGAAAUCUGUUGUCAUGUGGAUUUUAAGCGGUUGUCGAGACUUUUCGAGUAGCCGGCCGGAAACUGGAGGAACGGUUAGCGGGACAAAUUAUCGCACCAAGAAGGCCACUAGUGUGCAGGGUGCAUUUAGUCAACCCACGCAUCCCCAGAAUUAA